AUAUAAACGUAAAUGUCACAAAAUGGACAAACACAGUAUUUUGGGACGACGAAGAUGAUGCUACCAAAGUUAUUUACACUUUUUUGUUUGAUUGCUCUAGCGAACAAUGUUCAGGAAGCGACAGGAAAAAAACUGACAGCAAAGUAUUGGACUGAUAAAUUCAACAUGGGCGUUAACCCCGCGGGAGGCUGGUAUGCAGAAAUAUACAGAAGUCCGGAAAAGAUCGGUCACCUUCCAGAGAGAUAUGGAAUAAACGCAACAAGAGCCUUCAGCACACAUGCUUACUACCUACUAGAGGGCAAAGAUUUUUAUCCGUUCCAUCAACUAAAAUCGACACAUUUAUGGCAUUUUUAUCACGGAGCUAGAAUAACUCUUUUCGUCAUUGAUCACGUGACUGGCGAACUUACUCGUCAUCACAUCGGAAAGUCGGCUAAAAACUUCGUCGUUGAAGUCAAACAUGGUGACUAUUACGCGGCACGUUUGACAUAUCCCGGCGAGGGAAAAUAUUCACUACUUGGGCUUACGACCACUCCUGGAUUUGAAAUUGAAGAUUAUUAUCAGCCAACCACUGAAGAACUGAUUACAAAGUAUCCGCGACACAAGAAAUUUAUCAAGUCAUUGACGAGAGAGUAGCACGGCUGAAGGAUUUUUAGUAGAAAGCCCCCGCCCAAAAAAUGGUACUCCCAUAGUGUGUGUACCAGGUUAGAGUCAGGCCAUGUUUUUAUUCCGAUUUUCCUUAUUUUAGUUCUAUUACGAGUUCGGGGACUGUCUGUGUUAGCCAAGUGAAUAUACCCCCUGUCCAUAGGUUUCAGUCCCUUCACACAACUUGAUGAAAAGUAGGCGAACAAAAUUAGUUGCCUCUAUAUUGGUACACACAUUUCUGGAGCUCCCCAAAAUACCCCCAUCACCGAACAAAAUUAAAAAAAAAAAUAGUUAUUUUAUUCGGAUUGGGUUCGGGUAAGAAAACAGAUUUAAAUUUCUAAACCAUUCUUAAUCUCAAGUAGAGGUUACGCAAGCCCAAUGCUUUCUCGUUGUUGUAAACUUCUUUUCCGAGGAAGUCUGAUUUUGGUCAGACGGAACGUUACCAAAAUGCAUUUGUGUGUGUGCAGCAGAGAUCUUGAAUUGCAUAGUAUUCCUAACCCUGACUGAAAAAUUACCAAUUUAUUUACAGUAUUUUGAAACGUUUCGGGGAUGUUUUUCUCCUAUCUCGCAUUCGAGUAUUAGGAGCGGGGGCUUUGUUGUGCAAAUUCUACAAAACUGUUUUAAUAUUAUGAAAUUUUUGAGGAUGAAAAGACAA